CGGAGCGAAGCGGAGCGGAGCCGAAGUUGCUGCCGAAGCCCGGACCCCGCUCACGUGACCGGGGCGCCGAGCCCGGAUGAUAUCAAGCGGAGCUGGUGCUGGGAUCCGAGCGGUUAAAGAUGUCACUGGAGGACCCUUUCUUUGUAGUGAAGGGGGAGGUGCAGAAGGCGGUGACCUCAGCGAGCAGUCUGUACCAUCGAUGGUGUGAGCUGCUCCAGGACACGUACAGUGUCAGCAAAGAAGAGUAUGACUGGACCACCAACGAGCUUCGUAACAGUCUCCGCAGCAUCGAGUGGGACCUGGAGGAUCUGGAGGAGACGAUCGGCAUUGUGGAAUCGAACCCUCGGAAGUUCAAGAUUGAGAAAGGAGAACUGUUGGAGCGGAAGGCAUUUGUUGUCCAAACAAGACAGACCGUGAAGCAAAUGAAAGAUCAUGUUGCCAGUCCAUCUGCUACCGCAUCGGCCGAGAACAGUGACCGACAGUAUCUCUUUGGAGGUAUGGACCCUCUGAGGAAACCCACAGAUCAAUACCAGCGUCUGGACCAGGAGCUGGAGGUCGCAAACUCCCAGUACAUCGAGGAGCAGCGGGCACAGCAGAGGCUGAUAACAGAUCAGCAAGACCAACAGCUCGAGCUGGUGUCCGGAAGCAUUGGGGUCCUCAAGAACAUGUCCAACCAGAUAGGAGACGAGCUGGAUGAACAGGCAGUGAUGUUAGACGAAUUCUCUCAUGAGAUGGACAGCACUCACUCGCGUUUGGAUAGCACGAUGAAGAAAUUAGCCAAGGUUUCCCACAUGACUAGUGCACGUCGCCAGUGGUGUGUGAUCAUUGUCCUUCUCGUCAUCCUGGUCGUAGUUCUCGUACUAUUCUUCACUCUGUGACUACUGAGUUGGCGACAAUUAACGUGCUGUACAGUGGGAUGGGUUGGGGUGGGGGUUGGUGGCUGCCAGGGACAAUUGGUGACUGGAGCAUCUGUCCCUAGAGAGUUGGAACAACGUGGCGUCCCAUCCUGGUCGAGACAUGAUACCAGCCUGUUUGAAUACACCAGUGUGUUCUGAAAGUACAUGACCAAGCUUGCUGUGUGAACACAAGGGAAAGGAAUGUAAAGAAUUGCAUUUUUAUUUAGUUACUUGUAUGUGUACAGUGAAUACAAGGCAGUUUUGGUCAGAACUUUAUCUUCAAUCAUUUUAAUACAUAAUGCAUUCAGAUCAGCAACAGUAGCAGAAGAACCCCUGGCUUGCCAGCAAUGAUGGGAACCCAGGGGGUUAAUCUGCACAUAAUGAACUUCAUGUUUAAAAAUAGUGUGCCUUAAAUUCUGUGGCCAGGUUUCCAUAGACUCCUGUUAUUUGAAGAAGUGAUUGGAAUUAAGGGAACAGAGAUUGUGAUAUUCCUGAGUUGUUGGGAACCGUGCAGGUCAUGCAUGCAGGCUGGAGAUCAUGGUUGAUGUAUGGUACACUUGUGAGUGCAUUCGUAUGACCCCCUUCGGGCCUUGGAUUUCUCCUGGUUGUGAGUAAAAUAUCGGUCCAGGGAACUAAAUGCACAAUCUAUGCUGGCAUUCCAGUUUAUUGCUAAGAAAUCAAUAGAUUUUACAAUUGAAAUUCUCAAAAUCAGGCAGAAUGCUGGAGAUUAUUUGACCCAGGUUGGAAAUACACAUAGGUUCUUGCCAACUCCUACUGUUGAUGGAUGGUUUUCUUUCCAGUGAGAAUCAUUGGCAAACAUGUGGGAGCAGGAAUAUAGAGAACUGUUUGUUCACGAGUUUUGAAAUAUUGUGUUUUGGAUGAAAUGUUAAACCAAGAUGCUAUCUUCUCUCUUAAGCACAGUUUUUCUCCCCCUCCAGCAUCAUGAACAGUAUUUCAGAUAGAAUCUCAGCUUGUGGAGCAGAUAUCUAUUCGUCCUCCUUUCUGAUCUCAGGCACGCACCUUUAAGUUGGGUCAAGAUCAGUCUCCAGUUCUUCUGUCAAGAGUAAACAUCUGUCCCUAUGUUAGUAGGAGAAAGGUCUGUGUAAAAUGUUUGCCUCUGUAUACCCCACAUUCUGUUGUACUCUUAAAGGAACAGGAGCCACAGCCAUUGGGUAGGUCUGAUGCUUUUCUAUAAUGUUCCACCUUCAUAAAGCAGGCUGGAGAUUGGGCACAGCUCCCAGUUUCAAACACCAAGGACGUGGGCAAGUAGUCCAAAUGAGUAACACUUUUACAUUGUGUUGAGAGGCCAAGUUUGUACUUUUAUUUUUGUACAUCUUAUUCUAUGGAUUAUUUCAGAAUAUAUUUUGUUUGCCUUUGCAAUAGCUUUUUAAUGCCCCUCACAUUUUGUCAAUGUAUAAUUAAAGUGAUUAAUAAAUUAUGUGUCAAAAAAUUCUUCAGCUAUUCUGUGGGAAUAAAAGUAAUUUAAAAUAAACUUGUGCUUCUCAUCCAUGCUCUUUACACGAUGCCAGAAGGGCUUUAGCAGUGGGGUGUUGGGUUUUCAAUGGAUGUUCUUCAGAUCAGACAGGUGUGUAUAUGGGUUUAUCUGACCAGAUUGGGAAUGCCACAAGAUCCUAUCCCUCACCUGGGAGCACUUGUUUUUAACAAGAACCACUGGGGAAUAAUUCGGGACAGAUGUAACAACCAUGCGUAAUAACAACCUACGCAACAGUUUUUAUUGAGUUAAUUGGUCUGACCCAAUGAGAAUUCUUCUAGCAGUUACAGUUCAAAGGGCCUCUAGUUGGGGAAUUACUUGUGGAAUAUGCAGAACUAACUUUGCUGAUCAAAUGGUUGUAAUUUCAAUCCACUUCCUUUUGAAACUCUCAUCUCGUGUGCCUUUGUUACCUCACAAUGAGAUCGUUCCAUCAGAAUCCUUUCAAGCUCUCUUCCUACUGCUAGUGAAUUUAUCAUCCACAGCUCUACCAUCUGUCCCAGCCCCCACAAAGUCAUGUUCACCCCUCAUCCAUCUGCUUCCCCAGGAGGUAGUGCUCCACUGUACUAUAUGAACAAUGUGGAAGUCUUGGGGUGCUGAGGAGAUUUAUCAAGAUGCUGCCUGGAUAUGAGAGCAUGCUUUACAAGGAGAUGCUAAACAAGCCAGGGCUUUUGGAGUGGAGGAGGAUUAGAGAUGUUUAAGAUGAUGAAACAUUUUUAUAAACUUGUGGUUCUUAUCCAUUGUUAUACUGUACAAUGCCAGAAAAGCUUUAGCAGUGGGUGUUGGUUUUCCAGAGGGUGAAAACGGCUAAUACUAAAGAAUAUAAUUUUAAGGUGAUUGAAGGAAAGUAUUGUGGAGAUUUCAGAGGAAGAUUCUUUUUAUACUCAAUGAUAAGUGUGUAGAAUGCCCUGCCAGGGCUGCUGGUAGAGGCAGAUACAUUAGGGACAUUUAAGAGACUCCUAGGCACAUGGAUAAAGGAAAAAUGAGGGCUAUGUGGAAUGGAAGCAUUAGAUUGAUCUUGGAGUGGGUUAGAAAUUUGGUGUAUCAGUACUGUUCUGUGUUGUAAUGUCUCAAUCUUCCCACUCCCUCCCAUCUUGUCUUGUCCUUCUGUAGCCUUACAGACCUGAGGUUUUUGCACACCCAAAAUUCUGAUAUUGUUCAUUCUUAAAUGUAAUGGCUUCAGUUCCUGUAACAGUGUCUCCAGCUGCCAAGGUCCUAACUUCUGCUGCAACAAAGAAUCUGCUGGAGGAAUUCAGAGCACGUUAAACAGCUUGCGAGGUGGGGAGGAAUUGUCAAUAUCUUUGGAUCAUGACUGAGUGGAGAGAAGGGGCAAGGAAGAGACAAGAUGACAUGCAGUUUGAGCCAAGGAGGGCAAGGUGAGGGGUAGAGUUGGAAAACAUAACAGAUGGAGCCAAAUGGGGGAAAGGGGGGGGGGGGGAUGAAGGUGGAGACAGCUGCUGAAGGGUGGCAAGCAGGAGCACAAAAGGAUACCAGAGAUGGAAUCUAAUACGUAAGGCAGGUGAUAAUGGUAGGGUGGGGUGGGGUAGGGUAGACAGUAGAGGAUACGUGAAUGGAAGAUGCAACCUGGAGAAGGCAGGUGAAAUAUGUGGAUAGUCAGUAGAUGCAAUCCAGUGAAGGAAGGGGAUGAAAAUAGGUGGAUAGAGCAUAUUGCUUCUUGCUUCAGAUGCAGCAUCUGUACUCUCGGGUCUCCAAAUUGAUGCAGUUCUGUCAGCCUCGCUCUCCACAAUUCUCUUUAUGCUUCCCUCU